UACAAGUUUUUUGUGCAGUGAGGACAAUUGUAUCAUCGAAAAUCGCAAUGACUCCUAAAGCUAGUGGAAAGGCCGUGAAAAAGGCUGGUAAAGCUCAGAAGAACGUUGCUAAGACCGACAAAAAGAAGAGACGUAAGAGGAAGGAAAGUUAUGCUAUCUACAUCUACAAAGUCUUGAAACAGGUGCAUCCUGAUACUGGAGUAUCCAGCAAGGCAAUGAGUAUCAUGAACAGCUUUGUCAACGAUCUUUUCGAACGUAUUGCGGCUGAAUCUUCCCGCUUGGCUCAUUACAACAAGAGAUCCACCAUAACUUCUCGGGAGAUCCAGACUGCUGUCAGGCUUAUUCUUCCCGGCGAACUCGCCAAGCACGCAGUCUCUGAAGGCACGAAGGCUGUGACCAAAUAUACAAGUUCAAAGUAAUUUGUUCCUCACAUUAACUGAGAUCAAUCGGCCCUUUUCAG